GCGAAGUAAAGAACAAAGAAUAAAAUGAAUGAAUAGAGCAACAAAACAAACAGUGUUGUAGUAGUUGUAUUAUUAGAGAGGGAGGAAUUGAUUUUGAUUAGGUGGACCGCAUUAGCUACUACUAAUCAAUUCAAUUCAACAUUGCAAUUAUUUGUAACUGAAUCAAUCAGAAGGGAAAGCAUUCAUCGGUUCCAAAUAGAGAGGAUGGGUCACGAACACUCCAAAUUCUCCUCUUCGCCGGAAGAUUCAUCAUCAGUACGGAAAGGAUCUCGUCUUGCUCGUUUCAAAAACCGUCUUCACUUUCGCCGUAAAACUACUAACGCAUCUCCUUCCACUCACAAACUUCUCUCCGCCGGUAAUUUCACCGGUAUCGCUCUCUUCGCCCUCCUCCGCGCGGAGAUGCAAUUCAAGGAUAAAUGGAUUGCGUGUCUUUCCCUUGGAGAACAAACUUUUCGUACCAAGUCUUCUCAACAGUUAGUUAUCUUCACUUCACUUCACUUUAUUACUGUAUAUGCUUCUUUCAUUUUACUACUGUACUAUUUUUUCAUAUUCAUUCUUGUAGUAUUGAUUUUGUUUAAUUAUUGCUGCUGCUGCUGCAGAACAGAUAAACCUGUUUGGAAUUCUGAAAAGAAACUUCUUUUGGAACAGAACGGGCCUCAUAUUGCAAGAGUUUCUGUCUUUGAGACCAACAAACUGUCCAGCAAUACUCUUGUUGGAUACUGUGAGAUUGAUCUGCUUGAAUUUCUGACCCAGGAUUCUGAUUCUGACAUUGAAACAUUCAACCUUUUAGAUCCAUCAGUUCCUGGAAAAGUGGUUGGCAACAUUUCCAUUUCAUGCUCUGUAGAGGAUCCAAUUGAAACAGAAAAGGGCUUUGUUAGACGUAUUUUAUCCAUCGUGGACUACAAUGAAGAUGGGAUGCUUUCAUUUUCUGAAUUUUCUGAUCUGAUUGAUGCUUUUGGCAAUCAAUUAGCAACAAGCAAGAAAGAGGAGCUGUUCAAAGCAGCUGACAAGAAUGGAGAUGGUGUUGUGAGCAUGGAUGAACUGGCUUCCCUGCUUGCUUUUCAACAAGAAAAGGAACCACUGUUGAAUUGCUGCCCGGUUUGUGGUGAGGUUCUUCAGAUUUCUGACCAGUUGAACAGUAUGAUCCACUUAACUCUUUGUUUUGACGAAGGGACCGGAAACCAGGUGAUGGCUGGAGGAUUCUUGACAGAUAAGCAGGCUUCAUAUGGCUGGUUCUUCAAACUGAGUGAAUGGGCCCAUGUCUCAUCCUAUGAUGUUGGUAUUCGAUCUGGAUCAAGUUCUUCCCAUAUUCUGGUAUAUGAUCGGAAGUCUCAAAGGCUCGUCGAAGAACAAAUUGACAAAAAGAUUGUUUUGUCAAUGAGAGCUAUUUAUCAGUCAAAAAUAGGUCUUGGUCUAAUGGACAUAGGGGUGAAGGAGCUCCUGCAAAACAUUUCUGAAAAGCAGGGAGCAAAAAUGGAUUCACUUGAAUCGGCUGCUGAUAUACCAAAAUUCAUUGAAUCUUAUAAGGGUCAAAUCAAUUUGGCAGAAGUGAAGUAUCCACUGGAACACUUUAAGACAUUCAAUGAAUUUUUCAUUAGAGAGUUAAAGCCUGGUUCAAGACCAAUUGCUUCUGCUGAACAUGACAACAUUGCUGUAUGUGGUGCUGAUUGUCGUCUAAUGGCAUUUAAAUCAGUUGAUGAUAGUUCAAGAUUUUGGAUUAAGGGUCGAAAGUUUUCAGUUCAAGGCCUUCUGGGGAAAGAAAUGUGUUCCAGUGCUUUUGCUGAUGGAACACUUGUGAUUUUCCGUCUGGCACCACAGGAUUAUCACCGUUUCCAUUUGCCAGUAUCCGGAACUGUUGAGCAAUUUGUUAAUAUCCCCGGAUGCCUGUUUACUGUCAAUCCCAUUGCUGUAAAUAGCAAGUACUGUAAUGUCUUCACAGAGAAUAAGCGAGUUGUUUCAAUAAUUUCAACUGUAGAUUUUGGAAAGGUGGCAUUUGUUGCAAUAGGAGCUACAAUGGUUGGUAGCAUUAAUUUCACAAAGAAAAAGGGCGACUAUGUCAAGAAGGGAGAUGAGUUUGGAUAUUUCUCUUUUGGUGGAAGCACUGUAAUUUGUGUUUUUGAAAAGGAUUCAAUUGCAAUUGAUGAAGACCUGCUAUCAAAUAGCACCAGAUCACUGGAGACUUUGGUUACUGUGGGGAUGAGAUUGGGUGUCUCCACCAGGAAAUUGUCUUGACAGCUAAGAUUGGGUUCACUAACUUAGAAAUGUUAAUAGUGUUCUGUACUGUGUAGUUGUAUAAUGUGAAUCAUGGCACCGUUGGUUAUUGAAUUCAGAUGUUUCCCCCAAUUUGUAAACUUUUUAAUCACAUUUGAUGUACUUUCUCCGACGUUAAAUAUAAACAAAAGUUAAAAUUUGUUUAGUUGAAA